UUUAGUUUCAAUAUUGCCCAUGUUUGUCACAUCUUUACAGAUACACAGUUAAGCAAGAACAAGGAAAGAUAAUUCCCGUCGUCGUGGUGUUCCUUAACGGCAGUGCAAGAUGUCACAAAAAGACCCAUGUCAGAGGCAGGCAUGUGCAAUACAAAAAUGUUUACAAGAAAACAGAUAUGUUGAAAGUCGAUGUGAAGACGUCAUAAAGGCGAUGCGAGAAUGUUGCGAGCUUCACGCCGGGAAAGAAUCAGUCUGCUGCUCCGGUUUGGCAAAGGAACACAAGUCCUCGGAAGAGAAGACAUGAGUUUUUCUCACCGUUUCCUAACAACGGCCUAAAUUAAGCAAACAAACAAACAACAAACAUGUGAUUGUCUACUGUGCCAACGCAAAUUAAUCAUGUACAACU